UGGCAAAUAUUUGCAGCCAAUCCUAAAGUUUGUGAACAAACAACCUGGCAGCAUCAUUACAAAAAAGGGGUAAUUUUGAUUGGAUGCAGACUACUUAAAGCUGGUCAUUCAGAUCAACUUUAGGUUGCAAACGGCUUAAUCUAUCAAUACAUUACCAAUAAACACACAUAAUAUGUACAUCAGAAAGUAUUUCCAGUUCAGGUAAAUUACAUUUCUAAGAGAAUGUUUUUUAGUCCCUCAACAAUAUUUGUUGUGUUACAGCUGUACACUACACUGCACGCCUCAAAUCAACGUACCAUUCAGCAGGGAGAGAUAAGUAGGGCAAAUGAUCCGAAGUGACUCAUCUCGCCAUCGCCUGUCGGUUUGAUCGUGACCACAUGUGUUGUCUUGAACUUCCGCUCGCUCUUCGGAGUGAACUUGUUUGAACAGUUUGAGCGCGCCCGCGCGCGCACACACGCACGCACGCGCGCACACACACACAAUGAAAAGCACGACGCGAUUGGCUGCAAGCCUUCAUUUUAACGUGCACGCGUGGGGCGCAGCAGCUCCGCUCUUUCUCUCUCUUCAGCACAUGAUUGACAGUUCCAUGUCCACCUCGAGCCGCCCCAGCGUGCCGGAGGUGGCUGCUCCUUGCCAGCCUUCCUCCUCCUCCUCCUCUUCCUCUUCCCCCUCCACCUUCUCCUCCACCGCCGCAGAGUACAGCGGACACCUGGAGCCCAAUCCCGACCCGGAAUCCCUCUUCUUGGUGACGCAGGCCUCCCUGCUGACCCGCCGUCUUCUGCGCUCGCGGGUCCACGCGAGUCCCCCUUACGUGCGUCGGCAGAGGGAGAUGGUCCCCACGGACAAGAAAGAUUCCGCCUACUGGGACAAGCGACUCAAGAACAACGAGGCGGCCAAGCGGUCCCGGGUGAAGAGGAAGGCGAGCGAGCGGCUGCUGGAGGGGCAGCUGCUGGCUCUGAGCGAGGAGAACGCGCAGCUCCGGGCCCGCGUCUUCGGCGCGCGGCACUGCGGGGGGCCGAGAGCCUUCGCGACACCCAGCGCGCCGGUUACCGCUUUGCCCCCGUCACCUCGACCGGUCCACCGCCCCGCCCACUUCCAGCCACGGCUUUGGGGCCACGGCGGCGGCGGCGGCGGCCCGGCUUCCACGGCCGUCCACCCGUUCGAGGCGGAGACCCCGUGCGUCGGGGGUUUCACUCCGCGCGGAUAUCCGAGCUGCGGCGCGCAGCGAUGCGUGCCCUCCGUCUUCGGGCCGGGGGCUGCUGCGCUGGAUGACGCGAGAGCAACCGAGAUGGAUGCCCAGGGACAGGUGUCCUCCAGCGACGACGUCCACACGUCCACCGAGGCGUUCUCGCACGCGCCCGGCCCGCUGCGCCACGCGUCCAUCCUGUCGCGUGGGAACUGGCUGGUGCCGCCCAUGGGUCCCUCGGCGGUGUUGUGCAGUAACGUUCUGCUACCUUGGCGGUCGUCCUAUCGGGUCCCGGCGGCCGUGUACCCAGACCUGCCGCUCUACAUACCUCACAGGCCAGAGCUCUAUAGAGAAACUCUGUAAACUUUGUGGACAAUGUGGGAUGAUGAAUCAGCCAACUUUAAACAUUUAUCAAGGAUACAUUUGCUUUAUAAACGUACACAACUAAACAUUUAAAGCGUCACAAGUAGAGACAUAUUGGAUCGAUUUGUUCAUAUUAAUAUUUUGUGUGUGUGUUUUUUUUUUCUUGACGUCCAUUUGCGGGGAUAAACACCUCCUGGUAUUUCCCUUUUCUGCGUGACUUCCCCGCAGUCUGAGAUUCAGUGGAAGACGUUGAAGAGUUCAUUUGGUUUACAGCUUACAGUGACAUCAUUCCCUCUGUUGCAUAUAGGCCUACGCUUGUUCAGGUCUGGCUAUUAAUAUUAAUAAAACGAUAGAUGCUUGCUACCAUGGUCCCCAAACCAGUGUACAUGUGUGUCUGUCAGAAGGUUUGUAUUCAGUUUGUAUGCAGCCGAUUUCAUAGCUCUCUGCAAAAUACUUUCUUUUCAAAAGUUAUGGAAAAAUAAGAAAUGAGUGCAAUUUUAAGAGGUCAGUAAGUAAAUAGCAUUUGGGAGGGAUACAAACAAAAUAUUAAAUUACAAAAACAAUCCCGAAGUUUUAAAAAGUGAAUACCACUAUGAUCCAAAAUAAUGGAAUUGUCUAUUUUUGGUUAUUCAGGGCAGAACUGCACCAUUGGUGCAACUAACGCUGUGCUGUGAGCAUCUGUUUACUGCACUGGAAGAACAAAUCGAAAGUAGCCGUAUAGUAACUGUAUUAUUCCUCCUGAUUGUCACGUGCUCUAUCCGAACUAUAUUCAGCACUGGCGUCUUAACAGGUGGUCCAGCAGCUCCCGAGACCACCGACAGGGGGCGCCAAUACAAAGCGCUGGUGGACCGGAGAACAAUUGUUUCCGAAAUCAUGCCUCUGUCGUUUCUACAGCUUCUCCCUCUAUGUUUAUGUUAAAACACCAUUACUAAAGGGGGGGGGGGGGGAGUAAGAUGAUUCAGUAAUACACACAGAAGCAGAGUUAACACCCAGCUGGGAGUUGGAAACAAUCAUUUUUAGAGCAUUUUUUUCAUAAUU